CUGCCCUUCCCCUCCGUCUGUCUCCCCGAAACAACCUUCCAGAUAAACCCCUCGACUGCAGGAAGUAGACCGGCCGAUAAGUUGCAUAACCCGAAACGGCCAGGAGCUACUGCUGGACCUUGAUUCACGAUGCAGUCCGGAAUCUCAGUCUCUGAUGAGCUUCACGAAGCCUUCAGGAACUUCGUCUCCGAUGAAUCCAUCUUCUGUCUUCCCGUAACAAUCAAGUCGGAAAGCCUGUCGCCCCUUUCCCCGGUUCCUUUCGCCUCUCCAAACGCCUUCUACCCAUCUCUUUCCCAGCUCUCGUCCGUCCUUGAACCCAAAACUCCUCUUUACCUCCUCAUUCGUCGCCCUGAGGGUGGUUCAUCCUCCCUCGUGGCUCUGACCUACAUUCCUUCUAAUGCUGGCGUGCGCGCUAAGACUCUCUUCGCCGCAACCCGCGCCACCUUGGCUAGGGAACUGGGAACGGAGAAGUUUGCUUCCACCAUCUUCGCUACGGAUGAAGAUGAGGUCAUUGGUGAGGAGGCAUGGAAGGAGCGGGAUGCUGAGAAGAAGGGUACCGCGGGCGGUUUCCGACGGGAGGAUCUGAUGGGUGAGAAGGAGCGGGAGUUGGAGGCUGUGCGGAGAGCCGAAGAGGAGGCUCGCAGCGGCACUCCGAGCAGAGAUAUCGGUAUUGGUGGCACGUUCAACAGGGCAAACCCAUUCGGUGGUGCAUCGGUCAAGAUGAAGGUCGAUGACGAUGUUAAGCAGGCCCUCGAAGGGUUACAGCAGGGAGGCCUGGUUCAGCUGUCCAUUGAUGUCCCCACGGAGGCGAUCAAGGUUGCUGCCGCUGAGUCCGGAGUGGAGGCGAACUCCGUCCAGUCACACAUCCCUUCGUCUUCUCCCCGGUACACACUUUACCACUACCCCGACUCCGACGUGGUGAUCUUCAUCUAUACCUGCCCCUCGGGUUCCUCGAUCAAGGAGCGUAUGCUGUACGCCAGCUCCCGGAUGCAUGCAAUCACUAUGGCUGGCGAUCAGGGCCUGAAGAUUUCAAAGAAGAUCGAGGCCUCCUCGCCUGAUGAGAUCACGGGCGAAAGGUUGCAUGAAGAAGUCCACCCGCCCCAGGACAACGGACCGAGCCGGGGAUUUGCGAGACCGAGACGUCCGGGUCGGUAAAUCUCCGCGCGUGGUUAGAUGAUUCGUAAUUUCUUGUAUAUCCCGCUCUAUGAUCCGCGAUAGUAUAUAGCCCGGGCACCUGUGACCGAAACACCGCCGGUACAAAUCUCCUCUGUCUUCUGUAGCUGUAGCCGUCUCACACUCAACAACCGUUUAUAUUCGCCCAAGCCACCCCCAUAAGUCUGCAGAGCUCCCUAAGACCAGGAGCAUACGAUGCAGAGAGCAGACGCUCUCGCCCAAGAGCCCAAACGCGUGGCGAACAAGGAGAAAACAACACCCAGCCCACAUCAAUGAUUUCGAAAACUUUUCUUUUGGUAGAAUAAAUCCGUCCUCGAACUUCCCAAGUUUAUA